AUGGCACUGAGAGCUCCAGUCAGAGACUACUUAGUUUCUGUGAUUGGUGAGCUUGUUGGGACAUUUCUGUUCCUGUUCUUUGCAUUUGCUGCCGCACAAACAGCAAACCAACCCAACGGAACCACACCUCUUACACCCAAUGCAACCGACACAUCGAAGCUUCUAUACAUUGCCCUUGCAUUUGGUGCCAGUCUUGCAGCAAAUGUUUGGAUCUUCUUUCGUGUUAGUGGUGGGCAGUUUAAUCCGGCUGUGACCCUCGCACUCGUGCUUAUUAGAGCAGUAUCUCCAAUGAAAGCAUUACUACUUGUGCCGACUCAGCUUGUGGGCGGAAUUUUAGCUGCUCUGGUAGUCAAAGCUAUUAUACCGGGCGAUGAUAUACUCUUCGCAGUAUCACUCGGACCAGGUGUUACAGAUGUCCAAGGCCUAUUCAUCGAACUCCUUUUGACCUUCAUGCUCGUGUUCACAAUCCUCAUGCUCGUGGCCGAAAAAACAAAAUCUACCUUUGUCGCACCCAUCGGUAUUGGAAUCUCACUCUUCAUUGGCCAUCUUGUUGGUAUCUUCUGGACAGGGGCAGGAAUUAAUCCCGCCCGAGCAUUCUCACCAGCGGUCGUUCAAGCUUCAUUCCCCAUUUAUCAUUGGAUUUACUGGCUUGGACCUGCCGUAGGAUCCUUUCUUGCUGCAGCGUUAUACCUAGGACUGAAAGCGAUGAAGUAUGAAUUAGUGGGUGGGGAUGCGGACAAGGAAAAACGAGAGGAAAGGUUGAGCAUGCAACAAGCAGACCUUAUUAUUGAAACUCUUCGGGGAUUACCUAGCGAUGCAAGUCUCACGGAUUUGAAGAGAGGUCCCGAGAUCAGAGUUUUGGGGGAUGAUAUGAAGAUUAGGAAGAGUCGAUUCGGAUCUAACGAUUCUGCGAAUUUCUCAAGCUGGGUCAGAGUCGAGGAAAUCUCUGAAUGUCCCCUUCCCACUUCCAAUAAAUCACCUAAUCCACGUAGAGCAUCACGCAUCGUGGUUAUUGGGGCUGGCAUGGGAGGGUUAUCUUGCGCAUUGUCAUUGGCCAAGGAGGGGUUUACAAACAUCGAAGUGUAUGAGACAGCGUCAAAUUUGGGGUUUGUCGGCGCUGGAAUCCAAUUGGCGCCAAACAUGGCGAAAAUAUUGGACAGAUUGGGCUGUUGGAAAGAGAUUGAGGCCGAAGCUAUUGAUCUGAAAGAGACUAGUAUCAGACAGGGCGAUUCCGAUACUGAACUGGCUCACGUGGAUCUUUUGUACAUAAGGGAUACUUAUAAGUACCCCCACAUGGUUGGUCACCGAUCCUUACUUGCUGGCGCAAUGUACGAGGCUUGUAAGAAAGAAAACAACAUCAAAUUCCACUUCUCUGUAGAAGCCGAAGCUGUUGAGUCUUUUGGCCCCAAACCUUUCUUGAGAGUUAAACCACGCGAAGGAGAUUCCUAUACUAUCGAAGCAGAUGUCAUACUCGCAUCAGAUGGAAUAAAAUCUAUUGUUCGAUUGAAGAUUCUGUCUGAAUUAAACCAUGACGCUCAUAUUACCGACACACAUCAAGCGUCAUAUAGAAUUAUGCUAAAGCGAGAGGAGAUGGAAAACGAUCCCGAGCUUUUGGAACUUAUCAAUGGAGAUAAGGUCACAAGAUAG